AUGGAGAGCUAUGGUUUCAAUUCGAAUUCGAAUUCGUUGUACGAGCGAAAGAUCACAACGAGAAAUAACAUGCGACCGAGCCUGACGAGCAAUCGACAAUACGCUGUGGUCCCGUUGAGGACCAGCUUGCAAGCGGUGAAAGAAGAGAUUUCUCAAGAGCAUACCUAUGCAAAGCCGAAUGAGGUCCCGAAUGGCUACAUUGAAGAAGAAAUCGUUGAAGACUACCAAGAAGAGUACCAUGAUGCUCCUUCCACCUCAGCACAAAUUGACGUUGGAUCGAAUAAGAAUUUUCAUCCACUCAACGGGAAUCGCGUUCAGGGGAAACGCACCGUGAAAGCCCCAAUGAGAUUCACUGAAAAUGACAACAAACAAGGAGAGUUGAAAGUGCAUAAAAUUGGGGCGAUCAAGGAAGAAAAGAAUGAGACCUCUUCUUCAAGCCCGGGUUCUUCGGAUAGCAGCGAGUAUGAGGAGGACUCCGACUCCGAUACUGGAGAGCCUCGUCGUCGAUUGAAAAAGCGCAACUUCCAGCGGCAAAAUUUCUCCGAGGAAGAAGAGGAGGAUGAGCCUAUUGAAGUGCAAGGAAUCGAAGAGGAGGGGUCAAAAGGGAAGAAACGAAACCACUUCCAUCACAAUUUUCAGCAUCAACUCUUAACUUGUGCUGUGUGUGACCGAAAAGUGGUGAUGCGAUCGAACGCCCGGACAAGCAAGAUCACCAAUGCGCUCACUCACGCAAAGAUGCACUUGACAAAGCGACAAUUCGAGUGUUCAGUCUGCAGAUAUCAAUCGAACACUCAUAUCCAACGACAUGUGCAAUCGAUUCAUGGAGGACGCGCGAAAAUCAUCGACAAAAUGAACGAUGAGCUGCGAAAGCUUUACCGCGACAUGACGAUUCGAUGCUUUCCCCAUCUCUACAAAGAGAUUCACUCUUGGUACAGACAAUCUUCUGAUCAAACGCGUGCUGGUGGCCGAAAAUCGAGGAACAUGAUUAAAUUGGAGAAAGAAGAUGAUUGUGAGAUUGAGUGC